AUGUACCAUGAGCAGAACCUUGGUACAGUCCAGGAUAAUGAGGCUCAUGAAAGAGAGGAUGAAAUGAAAUCUCAUGACAUGGAUUACACAAACUACGCAAUCAAUGAACUGAGGGAGAAGAAGAAGCAACUUAAGGAGCAAUCAAAAAUUGAGCUUCAAAUGGAGAAGCUUAAGAUAAAAAAUGAACAGAGGUGCAUCCACUACACCGUGACACCACAUUCCCUACAGACGUUGCACUUGAUUCGGGCAAUAAUAGCGCAUCAGUUUCAUCUAGUUCUAUACAUAAGGUACCGCCUCAUCGACCAAGGAUCUACGGCGACGGCGGCACCAGCGACCCCAUGGAGGCGGCACCGAAACCCUAGCCGCUACUGCUCUCCACUGAGUCCCCUCCUCAUCUCCUCCCUCGUGCGAUGCUCUGCUUCAUCUUUUCUCAAACCUCCACCAGUCAAAUUCGGCCGGGAAAAAGGAACACCUACAUACAUAUCAUCGGGUAGUGGCCUGACAAAAUGUUACAUAUAUCAGUUUUGUCAUUUAAGCCCAUUUGAUGUCGUCUUCAUAACUCUGUCUAUCAAGCUAUGGUGUGGAAUAUUAACUGGGGAUUUUGACACACAGAUGUUCAAGCUGGAGGAUAGUGGCGAUGGAAUAUGGAUCAAUGAGAUGAAGAAAGGUGUUGAUGUCAAGUACGAGAAUGAUGGAAGGAUCUUGUGGUUAUCUAGUUGCCCACCAGCAGUAGUCAAUGUAGAUGAUGUGCCUCUAGGGCAAAUUCUAGAAACCAAAGCGACCCAUUUUUGCUCUCAAACAGUGAACAUGUUUUGUUCCCUAUUUAAUAAGUUAAAUUAUUUUAUGGGAAAUUUUGAUGUGAAAAUUAUUGAAUGUGUGUUAUUAUUCUUUGGUUUUGGUUUACUAUUGUUGGACGACAUGCACGUUAUUGUAAUGAUUUGGGUAACUUGAUUAAUAUUCUGUUGAUAAUGUGAAAUCUAGCUAUAUGGGAGGGCUAGCUGAUGUUGGUUGGCAAAACAAACCCCAUCAGACAGUUGGUCAGGAAAA